AUGAACCCAGCCAAAACCCCAAGCCAUAACAAUGAGCUUUCUAGUCAGAACGACUCCCAAGAGGGUAACGAUGAAUCGUUCAUGAGUGUAAUCUCUGCGAAUGGCGACUUGAUUCUCGAGUACAUCGCUCCCGGUGAAUCUUCAUCGUCACCAACCAGGCGCAGAUGGCGGGUGGCAAGCGAGUGUCUUACCUCCCACAGUCCAUAUUUUCAAGCACUGCUUGAUCCCACCAAGUUCUCCGAGGGCAGGCAAUUUAGUGCCCAAAAACAAGCCUGGAAUGAAACACAAAUACAAGACUCAGCGUCACAGCAUGCGCUACCAACCGUCAGGCUCCCCGACGUCCGAUCUACUAGCAUGUGCGGAGAAGAUGCCAUCGAGUUAUUUUUGAAGAUAUUAUGCCUUGACUCUUUCAAUGAAACCGAAAGAACUGUGUUCGAAAAUGGGUUGAAAACCCAGUCUACAUCGCUUGUUGCGAGGAUGAUCGACCUUGCCGAUUCAUUGAAUUCCCCUCGUGUUGUCCAAGAUACUCUACAUAGAAUUGGAUAUUUAUAUGGAAAGACAAAGCCUGCGCUCCUUGUCAGGUUUAAUGCAGCUUUGCUGUCAUGGAAGGAAGAUCGAAUUCGACAGAUCAUCUUCAUAUCCGCCUUCCUCAAUGAUUCAAGGCUCACUAGAAUUAUGACUCAUGUCUUGCUGGUUGUGGGCUCCAGAUUCUGGCAAAACGGGCUAGAAGGCCCCGAGGAAGAAUCUCUGCGUUGGAAAUAUCUACCAAAUGGUUUAGAAGAGGAACUUUAUUGUCGGCGUCAAUAUGUUUUAAAUACAAUCACCGACUUACAGGCUCAUUUUCUUCGAGUCUAUGGGGGUCUGGAGGAAACAGGCAGUGCAAAGCCCGCACCAAACAGAACAUUAGGCGCAGCCUUCACCGCAUCUGCGCAUACACUUCUUCAAUCUCGUCACUUCCAAUGCCGAGGCGGAUUCAACAAUGCCAGCCAAUGCGACCUCUUUCAACUCGGUCAAAUGAUUCGAUUUUUCUCAACGCGCGCGAGAACGAUCUUUCUAGGAUCAACAUUGAUAGACCCGGACUUCGACUCAACCUUCAACGAUGACGAUCACGCGGUUGACCAAUCCAGGAACGACCAGCCCCCAGGCCCACCAUCCGAUAUUACAGCCAUCAUUGCCUCUAUCAAGCAGUAUCCUGAUUAUGCAAUCGACGAAGCUCACACCGGCUGCGGUGUGCGACGUCGAAUUAUGCCUGCUUUGGAGUGCCUUGAGAAAUUCGUCUGGGAUGACCGUGGUCUCCUUGGUAUCAACCCCGCAGUUUCGGAGACGGGUGUUUCAGACCCAUCUCGACCUUCGAAAUGGACGCGGUGGGCAGACUUCACGCGCAAGAAACACGCGGUCGAUAUUUCUUUUGCUAGAGUAACGGCUGUGUACUACCCUUCCGCGCCAUCGAAGAACCAAGCCACCCGUUCCACACCACAAGAAGAACUGGCACGGCUAUUGUUUACUGCUGCUCGGAGAGAUUGGAGUGCGGCGGGCUCAGUCUGA